AUGUCUGAAGCGAUCGUCCCAGAAUCCUCAGGGCUGAGGUCAUGUAACGAGUUAUGCCCCUCCGCUCUGCCAUCCUCACCCCCCCUUGCCACAGAGGAUGAGUGUCACCAUGACAACAGAAAGGUGGAGCAGCAGAAACCCGUCAGUAACCAGGGGCAACCAGCCAGGAAGAGAACCAAGGCCAAAGGCAGGUUGGUGAGGAGCAUGGCUGUGUGUGAGGAGUCAUUCCCACCAUCCCCUCCUGACACCACCCAAGACAGCCAGAGCUCUGUUGAAGUCACCAUGCUGCCAGGUUGCCAUGACAACGAGGAGGAAGAGCAGCGCAAAGAGCCAAACGUGCCCACGCUAAUUAUCUCAGACACCAGUCAGGAAUACACAGACUCUACUGGGAUCGACCUGCACCAGUUUAUCAUCACCACCCUGAACAGCAACCCCAGGGACAGGAUGAUGCUGUUGAAACUGGAGCAGGACAUGAUCGACUUCAUCACAGACAACGGUCCCUAUAAGAAAUUCCCUCACAUGUCUUCCUACCAUCGUAUGUUGGUCCACCGGGUAGCAGCCUACUUUGGCAUGGAACACAAUGUGGACCAGACUGGCAAAUCUGUCAUCAUCAAUAGCACCAGUAACACACGCAUACCAGAGCAGAGGUUUAUGGACUAUGUCCAGGAGGAGAGAGGAGAGGAGACUCAGUGGAGAACCAUACUGAAGAGAGACAACGCUGAAGAAAACCAGGCGAGGCUCCACCCACUACGCGAGGAGAGGCGGAGCAAAUCAAUGGAAGAGAGAGAGGAGGAGUACCAGAGAGCUAGAGAAAGGAUAUUCAACCAGGAGCCUGCCUGUCCCCAGGAGACCAGGUCUAUAGAGGAUGGUAGCCCCCAUGCUGCGACCCAGAGAAGGCAGCUCUUUAGGGGUACCAGGGGUAACUCGGGCUCAAGCCGACAGAGCAGCACGGAGACUGACUACAGUCGCUAUAGUAACUGGAGCAGCACUGACUCAGGUCGCUAUAGCAACGACCCCCGACCCUGGAGCAGCACAGACUCAGACUCUGCCUAUCAGAGGCCAAACCCCGCCCCGAAGGCCCGACCAGUCAAUCACAGCUGGGAUGCACGAGAUGACCAUGCCCCCACCACAGGCUCCAACUACCUCACGGUGCCCAUGGAGAACGGGAUUCCACCAGGAAGUAUAUUACUGAACCCACAUACAGGCCAGCCCUUCUUGAACCCAGACGGAACUCCUGCCAUCUACAAUCCCCCCGAUCCCCAGCAGCCAACAAGAAGCCAGCCUCAGCAGCAGGCCCCUCUGCCGCAGCAGCCAAUGGCUGGCCACACAGUCCCUCAGAGCGAGGACCUGUCGUCCCAGUUUGGUCACAUGACUGUGAGCUGUCAGCCAUUGGGGGAAGCUCUGUCUCUAUACCCUCCCUUAGCCUCUCCCACACAGAGUUAUGUCUAUACCGCCCCUCCCCCUCCUCACAACCCCCCCAGCUACUGCCAACCCCCUCCAACCCAGGUGCCUGUGUAUUACUACUCUACUACUCAGUAUCCUACCCCAGCACCCCAAAGACCUGCCACACCUACCCAGGCCAUACAGCCUACAGAGAGAUCCUGA